UCUAAACUAAAUUGUUAUCAUUAAAUUUCUCGAUUGUUUUCACUUAAUUAAAUCAACAUUUUAAUUUCUUUCAUCGAUUUGGGCAAUUAAUUGAACAACAAUAUCAACUUUACAGUUAAGAGUCUUUCAUUAGAGUGAAAUUAUUGAUUGUGUUUAGAUUGACCGAUUGACUCAAUUGAUUGUUGUUUCCAAAUCAUUUAGCUGGUGAUUCUAAUUGAUUAAUUAGUUGGAACACUUGUAAUUGUGUUAAUCUUAUAAUCUUAAUUAAAUGAGAAGUUUAAUAUUUCCAUUUGUUUGAUUGUUUUAUCUCAUUGAGUUUGAUUGUUUAUCUUGCCGAUCUUAUAAUUGUUUUCUCUUGUGAUCUUUCAGUGUUUCGUUUUUGUGUCAACAAUUUGAUUCUCUAUCAGUGAUCAAUUUAGAGAAUCAAAUUAAAAUGUCUUCUAGUUUAAACAUUCAAAUACUUGGAUGUAUCUAUUUACUUCAAUUCUCUAUGGGCCUUGUGUUUGAAGUAGUUAGUCCAACAAUUGAUGAAUUACAAGCAAUCACCAAUUCGAGUUCAGAUAAAAUAUCAAUCAUUUUCUCAUUAAGAUCAACAGGUUAUGUAUUAGGAUCGAUUGCAGGCGGUGGAAUAUUUCAUUUCUUUGUACCUUUGGCUUCUAUAUGUGCCGUCUUGAUUAGCACAAUUACGAUUUCCUCGAUUGGUUUUAUUCGUAAUUUGGAAUUACUUUAUGCGAUUUUUACGAUCAAUGGAUUGGCCACUGGAAUUAUCGAUGUUGGCACCAACGUUUGGAUCCUUCGACUUUUCUCCGCUAAAAGUGGACCUUACAUUAUGGCUCUUUUUACCUCUUUCUCUGUCGGCACUAUUUUAGCUCCACUUUAUACUGGACCUUUUUUACAAGAACUUCCCUCGCCCCAAGCAUCCUCGCAACUUUAUGUUCCUUAUCUGGUGACUGGAUUUUUCGUUUUUCUCUCAUUAAUUGGAUUGUUGGUGUUAUUUUGUCAACAGUUACGUUUAAGAUACUCGGAGAGAAACUUUUUCGCUCGUCGAGCUCAGAAACAAGAUGACCAAACUGUUUCUCCCGAAACAAUUGGUGAUCGAAAAUAUCGACGAACAGUUAGUUCAAGUGAGAAAAGUUUGGUCAUCAUCGGUGUUCUAAUGAUAAUGUUUUACUCGGGAAUGGAAAUUAUUUUCUCCGAGUAUAUGGUUCCCAUGUUAACUCGAAGUAAACUUGGAAUUACUCGAAAAGUGGCCACACAUAUACGAUCUUCGUCCAAUUCUGCUCACACCAUUGGUAAAGUUAUUUUCAUUGGAAUAUCGGCUUUCAUUCAACCUUAUCGACUAAUACUUUUGGACUCUUUGUUGAUAAUCUUUUCGAGUAUCAUGUUAAUCAUUUUCUUUAAUACCUCAUUACCGGUAUUAUGGAUUUUCUCAGUCACUUUUGGCCUUGGAUCUUCCAGUUUAUAUCCGUCAAUUUAUCCUUUCAUUGAGUCUUUUGUAACAAUCGACUAUUUCAAAGGUUCGUUUUUCAUAUGUGCCAGUGGAUUGACCGCAAUCAUUUAUCCAAUUUUCGUUGGAAGUUAUUUAACAUCAAUACCCACCUUAUUACUUUAUCUUCAUUUAUCCACAAUGAUAAUUACAAUCUUUUUUGCCACCGUAAUUAACAUCAUGGGAAAUAGAUUACUUUUAAUCCAAUCCAAUUAUCCAGCAAUUAGUAAUUUUGCUGAUGAAGAUAAUGAAAACAAUUGAAACAUUCAAGUGUCUAAUCACAUAUGGAAACAAACAUAUGAAAUUUUUAAUCUUAAUCAUUAUCUUUGGAAACAAUUGUAAUUACAUGAUUAACUUUAAACUAAUCAUCUUCAUAUUAAUUGUAAAUCUCAAUCAAAACCAAAACUAAUCAGACUCGUAGCUAUUGAAUUUUGAGUAUUUACUCUGAUUUUUUUUAAUUGUUAACUGUUUUUGUUACAAUAGUUUUAACAUAAUCCAAUCAAUCAUCUAAUCAAGUCAAAUUUAUCGCAAUCAAAGUUAAUUUAUAAAAGAAAAUUUUUUUUCAACAAAAUCGAUUUUGUUUUUCCCGCUCUCAAAUUUUCUCUCGCCGACCAACAGAUGCCAUUGGUCUCGAUUCUUUUAAACGUGUUGGUUUUCAUUCAUCAACAUUUGGUUUCUUUUGUUUAUUAAAUUGUAACAAUUUAUUUUCUAUUUAUUUUAA